CAACAAUAAACAACAUGGCGGUGUUCACGUCUGUUCGGUUCCGUCCAGUGUUCUUCUUCUUCUUCUUUCUGUCGGUGAUUACCAUCACUUCAACCCAAAACACAACGAGCUCAGACUUCACCACAGCUGCUCCGGACGAACAGAACCUCACACUCACUCCUACAAACUACUCCACCGGGUUUGGGUCAACAAGUCCGACACCGAGCAGCUCUGUGGAGCCUCCUGUCCCCGCGGAGCCGCUGCCGGUCUCCGGCCUUCUCCCGACUCCUCAGACCAGCGCUGACAGGUUGUGUCAGUGUAAUGAGCUGUCUGCAGUGUGUGACAUUAACUGUUGCUGUGACAGAGAGUGUUCAGAGGAGGUGUCUCUGUUCACCAGCUGCUCCGUCUCCUCUGUCAGGAGCGUCAGUGAGCAGCUCUGCAGCCAGAACACAGCUCAGUACUCUGUAAGGACCAGGAUCGAUGGUUACUCAGAGCUGCAGGCAGCUUCCCAGACGGAGACCAACCCUGAUGUCUUCUGCAUCCAGUCACACAGUGUGGAUGGGUUGUCUCUCUCCUCCCCGGUUCUUCCAACGGAAACAAACUUUCACUCGCUCUACAAGCAGUUCUCCAGUUUUGUUUUUGGAGCCGUCAACAGUGAUCAGGUGACCUCUGCAGAGGUCCAGAACUCACCAGGAUACCAGUACGGAGAUGUUCUGCAGACCGCAGAACCAAACGGACUCAGAGGACAGUUCUGUCUCCCAGCUCCUGGUGUUACUGCUGACUGUGUGAAYAACAGUCCUGCAGGGAAAGAACACAGAUGCAGUGGUGGUUCCGGUGGAGGUGGCGUCAGUCGUCCUGCAGUCCACAGGGUGGGCACAGACUGUCAGCAAUGCAGAAAACCUGCUUCCUGUUCUCCUAAGCUCUGCCUUCUGUGCUAACGUGGUUCUGAAGGUUGUUUAUGUGAUCAGGUAUAGCUCAGCCGGUGAGCUGGUGAACGCCUCCGUGUCCUUGGUGCUCGGUUCUGUCCUGGAAGCUGCAGUCAUGCUGAAGCAGGAGUUUCAGGUCGUGUUCAUCCAGGAGGCUGGUGGAGAAGUGGAGGUCCAGUUCAGUGGAAACCCAGGUUACGUGGUUGGACUUCCUGUUGUGUCAGGAAGAAGAACAACAGAUGGGAUCACCAGAAGCAUCCAACUAAGAGACACACUGUCCCUGCUCCAUGUCUCUGCUGAGGACCAGAACUGCUUGCAGGGUCCACACCAGCGCUCUCCUGUCCUGUUUGGACUGGACUCUGUCUCUGGUUGCACAUUAAGGCUGGAGGAUAUAACAAACUGCUCCCUGGUGUCCCGGCAGCUUCUGGAGGCUCUGAGAGGACCAGAUUACCCUCUGGAUGUGGCUUCCUUUGGAAAUUCCUCAUUAGACAGUCCCUUGGACUGGGUACAAAUCAAGUCCAGCAUCAGUCCCAUGGAUGCACAAAGUUGUAACAUCCCAUUGUCACGCCAUUUAGAGAUUGAAUGGACCAAAUAUGGAGCCUUGGUGAACCCCCAAGCUCAGAUUGUCAGCAUCAAAGAAAUAAUCAAGACCAACAGCAGCAGUUUGGUCCUGAUGUCGGGGGGCAGCAGCAUCGUGUGGAUCAGUAGCUCCGUGACCUUCCUUCCUGUGUCUGCAGAAGCUCGUCCUGGUUACAGAGCCAUGCCCAGCAUCAACGCUAAACUGCCCUUUGACUUUUUCUUCCCUUUUGUUUGAACAGUUCACACCAUUCAGGGCUUGAUUKUUCACUCUGUCACUAUGUGUACUGUGUACAUAAUGUAUAAAGUUUUUAUAGUAAGAUUGAAUAAAUAAAGUCUUUUUUCUAUGAAA